AACUUCAGAGUCGUGCUUAUGUCACCAUCUGCUUCGACCUUCAAGCUCUCCUGUUGGUCAUGGACACUCAUAUGCCGAUGUUUAAUGAGAUUCCCCAAUUUUAAGAUCUCUUUCGCCUCUCUCACAUCGCCUCUCUCACAUUUGAGGGACCCAAAAAAAGCUAUUACUCCGUAGUAUAUUACUCCUUAAUUAAUUAAUUAUCUGGAGUCUCAAAGCAUCCGCCUAAGUGCAAGACCAAAGUCUUGAACCUGCGUUUCCAAAAUCCGCAAGACGCGAAGGCCGUAAAUCCCAAGUCGCCGACCGGCGACCGCGACGCCCCGAGCCACUUCCCACUGUCCGAACGCCUCGCCGCCCACCGCCGUGUGGCCGACCUACGCCGCUGUUCAGGAUAUUCUCACUAUUCUCUGUCGUGUCACAUUCAUCAAUUGGUAAUGUCAAACACUGUUCCCAUCCCAAGCGGCAUGUACAAGUUAGGCUUCAUCGGAGCAGGAAAGUUGGCAGAGAGCAUUGCGAGAGGCGUAGUCAAAUCGGGUAUAUUGCCGCCUUCUCGUAUUCGAACUGCCCAUUGCGGCUCCACUCGCCGUGCUGCCUUUGAAUCAUUUGGUGUCACCGUCUACGACCAAAACAAGCAGGUUGUUGAAGAUAGUGAUGUGAUCAUAUUCUCUGUGAAGCCUCAAGUUGUUAAACACGUGUUAUUAGAACUGAAGCCUGUUUUUACUGAGAAACAACUUCUGGUGUCAGUUGCUGCAGGUGUCAAAUUGAUAGACUUGCAGGAAUGGGCAGAUAAUAGUAGAUUUAUUAGGGUGAUGCCAAACACUCCGGCAGCUGUUGGCGAGGCAGCUUCUGUGAUUAGCAUGGGGAAUGGGGCUUUAAAAGAAGACGGAGAACUGAUCUCAUUGCUGUUUGGAGCUAUUGGGAAAGUGUGGAAAGCUGAUGAGAAAGUGUUUGAUGCAGUCACUGGUCUAAGUGGAAGUGGACCAGCAUACAUAUAUUUGGCCAUAGAGGCAUUGGCUGAUGGAGGGGUAGCUGCUGGUCUUCCUCGAGACCUUGCACUCGGUCUUGCUACUCAAACUGUACUGGGGGCUGCAACUAUGGUGGCCAGUAGAGGGAAGCACCCAGGUCAACUUAAAGAUGAGGUAGCCUCAGCUGGUGGCACCACUAUUGCCGGGAUUCAUGAGCUGGAGAAGGCUGGGUUUCGCGGGGUAUUGAUGAAUGCUGUUUUAGCUGCAACUAAGCGCAGUCGAGACCUUUCCCAGAACUAGUUAACAAUUUUCCUGUCAGCUCUAGAUUAUUUGUUCUACAAAGUCAGAAAGCAACUGUUCUCUUUCUCUUUUUAUUUAUUUAUUUAUUCAUUUCUUAUUGAUAAACCGAGGCCAUUUGAGUCUACAAUAAACAAUCCCAGAACUAGUUAACAAUUUCCCCGUCAGCUCUAGAUUAUUUGUUCUACAAAGUCAGAAAGCAACUGUUCUUUCUCUUUUUAUUUAUUUAUUCAUUUCUUAUUGAUAAACUGUUAGAAC